AUGCAGCUUGACAUCAAGUUUCUUUCUCAAGACAAGCACAUCGCCGUUGCACUCUUCCUGCUGGGGGGCACCUUGCCCUGGCUGGGGAAGGCUAUUCUCGACCAGAUAUCUCCACAAGUUCCCCUCUCGAGCAGAGGCCUGGUCGACACAUUCCUCUCCGAUCCGACACCCUGCGGCACCACCCCUCACGAAGCCGUUGCCAAGGGAUGCCGCUUCGAGUCCUACACGGCAACCUGGCAACUGCCUCAGUGCUACGACAAGGAUCUCGAUGAGGAAUUCCGGGCUCUGAGGCCCUGGAAGUUCUAUCUUGACCGUAACGGGACAAAAGAAGUCAGUCUGGCCGAGCUGGAGGCGGGGACAGUCUCGGCGUGGACUACCUGGGAAUUCCACUUAUGGCAAUGCGCUUUCUACUGGAAGAAGGAGGUCAAGGUUGCUCACGGCCUCGUGUCGGGCUCCAUCACUCCUCACCAGUGCCUGGACAACUCUUUGAUGCAGGAUUACAAGUAUCCAAAGGAUCACGUCAAUAUCCCAUAUUGGCCCCGCUUCACGUCAUGUCGGCCGCCUUCUGAUAUUCCUGUUCAUCAGUUUGAGCUUGCCCCGACGGAGCAAGGUCAUGGCCAGCAUGGGCAGCACGAUCAGCAUGAACUGCAUGGGGAGCAUGGACAGCAUGAGCAUGGGCAGCACGGUCAGGACGUACAUGGAACCUCGUUCUAA